ACUGUUCUGUGGAUGGAGAAAGAGGAAUUCAAAGACUACUUGUAUACGAAUAUAUGUCGAAUAAAAGCUUAGAAUAUCAUCUUUUCAAUAAAGCCUAUGAUCCUCUUCCUUGGAAAACAAGACUUGAUAUAGCACUUGGAGUAGCUCAAGGGUUAGCAUAUCUGCAUGAAGAAUCAAAAGUUCAGGUGAUAUAUCGGGAUUUUAAAUGCUCAAAUAUACUACUGGAUGAAAAUUUUAGGCCAAAACUUUCAGAUUUUGGCCUCACUAGGGAGGGACCGGAAGCUGGACAUACUCAUGUUUCAACUGCUGUAACUGUACUGAUUCUGGUGACAUUAUAGAUUUUUAAGUGAUGAAGACUUUCUUGCUCGAUUAUUCCAAGUAUCGAAUUGUUGU